GAGAUUCCAUAGGAACACAUCAUGUCUCUUAUGGAACAYCGCAAGCUUUUUACUUGAUAUUUCUCGGAUUUUUUUCGCUUGAUCAAUAGUUCAGAGAAUUUAAUAAAUAGCACGCGUCCAUGGUGAAGCAAAAGGGCAAAACCUAGCCAGACGUGAAGCAUUGUAUUUUCGAGARGGAUUUAUAAGGAUUGUCAAAAAAGMGCCUAAACCACUAUUUAAGACUUUGACAGGUUCGCAAAGAGCAUAAACACAAUUCGUAAAUCCUUUGCCGCUUGAACACCUCAAUUUGUCAUUACAACUGAAAGCACAACUCACAACUCAAAGUGGCCAUUGACAAACCUACAUGGCAAACACGGCGAAAACUCGGCAUUUGAUCUCACUUAUCGCUAUUCUGGUUGGACUAUUCUUAAAGCUCUCUCAAGCUCGACGAUGUCCGACCUCCGGGAUUCUAGCAGGUUAUAGCGGUGUUUUAUCAAGUCCCUACUAUCCCGAGGAGUACCCCCACCGGGUAGACUGUGACUGGAUCAUUAUUGUGCCACAGGGACACCACAUCAAAUUGACGUUCACUGAUUUUGACAUCGAAUACUGCAUGUUUUGUAAGUGUGAUUACGUUGAGAUUCGUGAUGGAAAGAAUUCAUCUUCACCUUUCCUUGGAAAAUUUUGUCGAAAAGGAAGACUCUCUGCACCGAUGUACUCGACGGGUCGGUAUCUCUGGAUAAAGUUCUAUUCUGAUGUCGGUGGACGUUUUCAGGGAUUUCGUGCUCUUUACAAAGCAAUUAAAACCGGACCGAUUUACAACGGCAUCAUCCACAAACGCGGUAUCAGUGGAGUUGUUACCAGUCCUAAAACCAUCGCAGCAUGUGGUCCGGACAGGGAGUGUACUUGGCUGAUAUCAGUGAGGAAAUCAAAUCAAAUCAAAAUCCAGUUUUCUAGGAUCGUGUUACCAAAAUGUUCAACUCCUUGUGGUUGCAGCAACAUUGAAAUAAGAGAUGGUAUCAAUUCUACAGGAAGACUCAUUGCUAAAUUCUGUGACUCAAUACACAAACCCGAAAACAUAUGCUCAACAACUAACCAUUUAUGGAUUAAAUAUCAGUAUGGAUUGGACCUUGCGCAGUAUGGMUUUCGUGCUUCGUAUCAAAAAUGGCAAUGUAGAGACAAAAAGGAGGAUCAAACAACUAUAGAAACUACCACAGGUACACUGGAUACAGUCGUUGGUCUGAUAUGUGCAAGCUUUGUGUUCAUGGCAUUCAUGACGCUAUGCAUGGUUUGCAUUGCAAGCAGAAAACUAGCAUGCAACAAAAAAACUCGCAACUCGAUGCCACAUCAUCUGGUUACAAGAGAACACGCCGCAAUACUUGCACCACCGCCACAGUUCAUCCAUAAUACAUGUCAUUGUCACAAACAUGCUCAUCUACACUACACCAAGGGAUCAGAAACAGAUUAUAGCGAUGAAACAGAGCAAUACGUCUGCGACUCGGGGACCGAAUUCCCGGUGCAUUUUUGCCGGAAUUGCAAGAUAGGAUCGGCAAAACACACGAAAACAAUCAUAGAACAUUUGUGAAUUAUGUCACAUUUCUAUAUUUGGUAAAAGAUCCACAAUUCUUCCAUGUUUGGGCAUACCGCAAUCGUCGUGUCCAGUUCCUUGAAUCGCGCUAGGAGUAUGGAAUAGGAAUAUGUUCAUAUAWAACUUUAUACAAAAAUUCGAAUUUAUCGAAAACUUUUCUAGCUUACAGCGUCAUCAAAUGACAAUUAAAUUAAUGAUAAUCAUUGAAUGUACAGAAACACAAUUAUWACUUUUUUAAGAAGAGAUUUAUAUAGGUGGGAUUUAAAAAAAACUUGCCUGAUGUAUAUAUUUCCAAAUGUGAAAAAAUGGUCUAAAAGACAAGAAUAAAAAAAGAGACCAUUAAUGUAUCAA